AUGUCAAGUGAAGCCAAAGAAGAAUCUAAAGAAGUGACAUUUACAUUAGAAGAUAUGUACAAAGACCUUAUCAGCGUUUCUAAAUGGAGUGAUACAGUAAGAAGAGUUUCAGAUAAUUUUAAAGAAAAUUAUCAAAUAAUUAUUGAAUUAACUCUUGGAGUUAUUGGACUUCCUAUUGACAAAACAGAAAAUAUUUUUACAGAUGAAUAUCUUGAAGAAAAGAGGUUUAAAGAUAUUGGGGAUAGAAUUGACAAUGACGAUUUAGUUACAAAUAAUUUAAAUGUUACACAAAUAUUAAAAAGAUUAUGGAAAGGAGUUUGGAAAGUUGUUUGUGGCAUUAUUAAAGAAGGGUCAAUAGAAGAAAGAAAAGAAUAUGGAAAAAGCAUUAAAUUAAUACAUGAAAUACUUGCUGGAUUAAGUCCAAAUGAAAUUAGAAAUAUACGAUAUGGAAUAAUAACUAUUACUCAAGUAAUAUAUGAAAAUUAUAUUAUCACACAAAAAGAAUUAGAAAAUCAAUUAACAAUUAUUAAAAAAGGAAGAAAAAAAGAUAAAAAACAAGAGAUAGAAAGAAUAGAAAAAGCACAAAUUCAUUUAGAAAAGUUAUUAAAUCAUUUAAGGAAAGUUAUUUUAUUACCACGAGUUUAUGAUGUCUCAAGAGAUAUAAGAAGAAUAGUAUGUGAGACUAUAUUAAAUAGUUUUGAAGAUGAGUAUGAAGAGAAAAAGAAAAUUAUUGAUAAUUUAUUAUAUGAUGAUGACCCCACUGUUAGAAAGAGUGUUAUUAAACAAAUAUAUGAAGAAUUUAAUAAUAAUAAUAGUCCAUCAGAUAUAUACAUUGAAAUGGGAAAAAGUUUAAAAGAAAGGAUAAUAGAAAUGAGACUAGAUGAAGAUAUUGAAGUAAGUAAAAUAAGUAUUGAAUUAUGUAGUAAAUUAGAUGAAUGGGGAUUAAUCAAAGAAAAAGAAAGAAAAGAAAUGUAUAGAAUGCUAUGUGAUAAAAAUGCAAAAAUUAGAAAAGAGGCAGCGAUAUAUAUUGCGUCAUUCCUUGAGAGACAUGUCGAUAAAUUUAUAAAAGGAGAAAGGAAAUUUGUAAUAAAAGAUAAAAAAAAAUUAAAAAUAGUAAUUAUUAUUAGAUUAAUUAUUGAAAUUGUGGAAAAAGAAACAGACCUUCCAAAUUUUAGUUAUUUUUCAUUAGAAUAUCUUAUUCCAGAAUUUGAAGAGUUCAAUGAAAAUAUUGAGUUACUAAUUAAAUUUAUUACUGGAAGUGAGUCAUUGGCAUUAUUUGAUAAAGAAGAUUCAGCUCUUUAUGAAGGACAUGAAAAUGUAUUAUUUGGAAUAUUAUAUAGUAUGGUAAUGAGAGGUGCAAGAAGACAAUUAACUGGAGAUGAAGUAAUGGUAAAAUUAAGUGCAAGCGAUAAAAAGAAAGAGAUUGACAAUUUCUUAGAAGUUAGUGAAGCAAUUUGUCAUCAUUUAAAAGAAAUGUAUGAAGUAUCAACAAAAGAAGAGAAUAAUAUAAACUGGUUAUUAAGAAUAUGUAAAUAUAUUGAAAAAGAAUCACUAAAAACAGAAGGUAAUUUAAAUAAUUUAAAGGAGUUUUUAAAAGAAGUAAGUAUUAAUAUUAGAGAAAGUGGAUAUGAUAUGAUUUAUAAUUAUUUUGAAUUAUUAAGUGAAAUGAAUACAACUCAACAUCCAGAAAUUCAACAAAUUAUAUCUGGAAUUAUUCAAGAAGAUUGUAGAAUUAUUUGUAAUAGUAUUUUAGAUGAUGAAAUGGAUGAUGAAUCAGUUAAUAUAGAUGGGCUAAAAGGGUUAAUAAUAUUAUAUCAUUAUAUUAAAGUAGAUCCAUUACCAUUGCUAAGAGAAAGAAUUAUUAAAUUAAAAAAUAGGAUUGAAGGAAUACAAGAAAUUACAGAAGAGAGUUUAAUAAUUUUACAUAUAUUAAAUUAUUUGUUAUUAUGGAAUAAAAUUAAUAAUGAAAUUAAUAAUUCAUUUGGAUAUAUUGAAUUAUUUGACUUAUUAUACUCAAUUUCAAAAAUAAAUAAUAAAGAUGAACAAAAACUAUUUGAAUUAUUUGGUAUUCAAUGUGAAUUUUACUUCUUAUUUAAUAAUGAAAUUGGAGAAAAUAAAGGAAAAAUGGAAUCUAUUAUUGAUGAUCUUGCUGUUGAAUGCAACCAAAAGAAAUUAUUUAAAGAACCUUUAUUAGAAGUUGAUUAUUUAUUUAAUGAAUGGCCAUUAGAAUGUCUUGCAUCUGUUCUUUCAGUUGUUCAAAUGAACAAAAAAGUUAUUCUUGAUUUAACUCAAAUAGUUGGAAAGAUGAAUCAUGAAAUAACAAACAAAUUAAAGAAAUUGUUAUUAAAACAACAACAACAAAUAAAUCAAGAAAGUACUGUUGUUAUGGAAAUGGAAACAGAUUCAAUAGAAGAUUAA